GCGAUGACCUCAUCCCUGGUGUGGGAUGACGUCAAAUUCAAGAUGGAUGGAAUCACAGCGGCAGCGGCGGCUGUGGCGCGCGCGAGCCGAGUGUGAGCGGAAAGGGGCCCGGCGUCUGCCUCGGGCUGAAGGCCGAUAAACCCAAGCAAUGGAGGGAUUGCUGCAUUACAUCAACCCUGCACAUGCCAUUUCUCUCCUGAGUGCCCUCAAUGAGGAGCGCCUCAAAGGACAGCUAUGUGAUGUGCUUCUGAUUGUUGGAGACCAGAAGUUUCGAGCUCAUAAAAAUGUCUUGGCAGCCAGCAGUGAAUAUUUUCAGAGUUUAUUCACAAAUAAGGAAAAUGAGUCACAAACUGUAUUUCAGCUUGACUUUUGUGAACCAGAUGCUUUUGAUAAUGUUUUAAACUACAUUUAUUCUUCAUCUUUAUUUGUUGAGAAAAGCAGCCUUGCUGCUGUGCAAGAACUUGGCUAUAGCCUUGGGAUUUCCUUUCUGACUAAUAUCGUUUCUAAAACACCUCAAGCCCCCUUUCCAACAUGUCCUAAUAGGAAAAAAGUGUUUGUAGAAGAUGAUGAAAACAGUUCUCAAAAGAGAAGUGUCAUUGUUUGUCAAAGUAGAAAUGAAGCACAAGGAAGAACUGUUAGUCAAAAUCAACCCGAUCUAAGCCAUACUUCCCAGCCCUCACCUAGCAUUGCAGUCAAGACCAGUACCAAUAAGCCUCAUCUUCCAAAACCAGUUGAACCACUUCACAAUUUAUCAUUAACGGAAAAGAGUUGGCCAAAAGAGAGUUCUGUGGGAUAUGCAAAGUCUCUUGAGCAUUCUGGAUCUUUGGAUGAUCCUAAUAGAAGCAGUUUGGUGAAAAGAAAUGCAGUAUUACCUUCAAAGCCUCUGCAAGACAGAGAAUCUAUGGACGAUAAACCAGGUGUAAGUGGUCAGCUUCCAAAAGGAAAAGCCAUAGAGCUGGCUUUGAAAAGACCACGGCCACCUGUUUUGUCUCUUUGUAGCUCAUCAGAGACUCCCUAUCUAUUAAAAGAAACUAACAAAGGAAGUAGUCAAGGCGAAGACAGAAAUUUGUUGUACUAUUCAAAGUUAGGCUUAGUGAUCCCAUCCAGUGGAUCUGGUUCUGGAAACCAAAGCAUCGACAGAAGUGGCCCACUUGUUAAGAGUCUCCUCAGACGGUCACUGUCGAUGGAUAGCCAGGUUCCUGUCUAUUCACCCUCUAUAGAUUUGAAAUCUUCCCAGGGAUCAUCUUCGGUGUCAGAUGAUGCACCAGGGAAUGUGCUUUGUGCUUUAUCUCAAAAGUCAUCUUUAAAAGAUUGUAGUGAAAAAGCAGUCCUAGAUGACAGGCCUCAAGUGCCACAACCACAUCGCCUCAGGUCCUUUAGUGCUUCUCAGCCUAUGGGUAGGGAGGGAACCUCCCCUGUGACUGAGGUGCGCAUCAAGACUGAGCCCAGCAGCCCGCUGUCAGACCCCUCAGACAUCAUCCGAGUCACCGUGGGAGAUGCAGCAGCAACAGCAACAGCCUCAUCGUCAUCCUCCAUCACCAGGGACUUGUCUCUGAAAACAGAAGAUGACCAAAAAGACAUGAGCAGACUCCCAGCAAAAAGGAGGUUCCAAGCGGACAGAAGAUUGCCAUUUAAGAAGUUGAAGGUGAAUGAGCACGGGUCUCCUGGAGCAGGAGAUAAUUUUGAAGAAGGCUCAAAUCCUACUCUCCUUGAAGCAGAUUUUCCAGAUUCUGAUUUGAAUAAAGAUGAAUUUGGUGAGUUGGAGGGGAUGAGACCAAAUAAAAAAUUUAAAUGCAAACAUUGCCUUAAGAUCUUUAGAUCAACAGCGGGUCUUCACCGCCACGUUAACAUGUACCAUAACCCAGAAAAGCCCUACGCUUGUGACAUCUGUCACAAGAGGUUUCAUACCAACUUCAAAGUGUGGACACAUUGUCAGACCCAACAUGGCAUAGUGAAGAACCCGUCACCAGCCUCUAGUUCACAUGCUGUUUUGGAUGAAAAAUUCCAAAGAAAGCUGAUUGACAUAGUGAGAGAGAGAGAAAUUAAGAAGGCCCUGAUCAUUAAGUUAAGGCGCGGCAAGCCUGGUUUCCAGGGACAGAGUAGUUCCCAGGCACAGCAAGUCAUCAAGAGGAACUUGAGGUCUCGCGCCAAAGGAGCAUACAUUUGUACUUACUGUGGAAAAGCAUAUCGCUUUCUCUCUCAAUUUAAGCAGCACAUAAAAAUGCACCCAGGAGAAAAACCCCUUGGAGUAAAUAAAGUGGCUAAGCCAAAAGAGCAUGCUCCUCUUGCAAGUGCAGUAGAAAGCAAGGAGGUUUACCAGUGCCGCCUCUGUAAUGCUAAGCUCUCUUCUCUCCUAGAGCAAGGAAGCCACGAGCGGCUGUGCCGGAAUGCAACCGUCUGCCCUUACUGCAGCCUCAGGUUUUUCUCACCCGAGCUAAAGCACGAGCACGAGAGCAAGUGUGAGUACAAGAAGCUGACCUGCCUCGAGUGCAUGCGCACCUUCAAGUCCUCAUUCAGCAUCUGGCGGCACCAGGUGGAAGUGCACAAUCAGAACAACAUGGCCCCAACCGAGAACUUCUCUUUGCCCAUUCUGGACCACAAUGGCGAAGUCACUGGUGCCUCACGGCCCCAACCCCAGCCCGAGCCUAAUAAAGCAAACCACGUUGUGACAGCAAAAGAUGACCAUGUGUUCAAUGACUCUUCAGAGCAAGUUAACUUUGACUCAGAAGACUCCUCUUGUCUCCCUGAAGACCUGAGUUUGUCUAAGCAACUGAAAAUCCAAGUCAAAGAGGAACCUGUGGAGGAGGCUGAGGAAGAGGCACCUGAGGCCAGUGCAGCCCCCAAAGAAGCAGGUCCUAGUAGAGAUGCUAGCCUGUGGCCCUGUGAGAAGUGCGGGAAGGUAUUCACGGUGCACAAGCAGCUGGAGCGGCACCAGGAGCUGCUGUGCUCAGUGAAACCAUUUAUCUGUCAUGUGUGCAACAAAGCUUUUCGCACUAAUUUUCGGCUCUGGAGUCACUUCCAGUCCCACAUGUCUCAGGCUACAGAGGAAUCAGCACAUAAAGAAUCUGAAGCGUGCCCCGUUCCCACAAAUUCUCCCUCGCCACCGCCUCUGCCACCACCACCACCACUGCCCAAGAUUCAGCCCCUGGAGCCUGACGGCUCCGUGGGCUUAUCUGAAAACCCAGCUCCAGCCACAGAUAAACUGUUUGUACCCCAGGAAUCAGACACCCUUUUUUACCAUGCCCCACCCCUUUCAGCAAUCACAUUUAAAAGGCAGUUUAUGUGUAAACUUUGCCACAGGACUUUCAAGACUGCAUUUAGUCUUUGGAGUCAUGAACAAACACACAAUUGAAAGACUGACACUUUUUACCUAUUAUGAAAGGGAAGGCAGUUUCCAGAUUUCAACCUGAAUUGUGAAAUGUGUCAUAAGAAACAAAAUAUUCUUUAAAAAAAUAAUAAAGGUUGGAAAUUGUUGUGCUUGAAUUUAAGUUUGAGAUAAACUGAUAUUAAUUAGUACUGUCCUUCCUCAACUUUAGAAAUAAACUUUUCAAAAUAUUGUGGUUCCGGACCUUACCGUAACAAGAUUGUUUGAUUUCAUUAAUGCUGAAAUUGGAUUAAUCUUGGUUGUUUGCAUGGUUCCUCAUUCCAAGGUGUCAGUAUAAUCAUUUAAUUGAGGUUUUGCUUUUUACUGAUUUGUAUUUAGUGGAAUAAUAUCAAAAGUAUUUCUUCUUUUCAUUAUUUCAGACACCUAAGUUCUAAAUAAAUCUUAGCCAUGUUCUUAAGUCCAGAAAUGUAUCAGGAAGAAGUGGAAUAGUUUGCAGUAUUGAUUUAGUUCUUAGAGUACUUUAGCAAUAAAAAAAAAAUGAUAAACCUCAACUUUAAUAAGUUAUCCUGACACUUGAUAAAAAUAAAUAUUUGGUAUUUUGUGGUCAUGUAGAACUUUUUUUCAUGGAAAUUGUGAGAAAUUAAAUCAGCAAUAGAAACACUUAGAUUUUUAUAAAAUAAAAACUUGCUCUCGGUCACUUAAUAUAAUGAAUGAUGGUCAACUCUAAGGAAGAUGGAAAUAGAAACAUCAUGAUUUAUGGAAGUCCUGUGAAGUCAGUCGCAUUAUAAUAGCUUCAGUAGUGCUAGGCCUUGUCAUAAAAACUGUGCUGUGUUAUACGUACACUGCAUUACUGUCUAAAUUCAGACCAGCAUUUGAAAGACUUUCUGGUUUUCUCUGAUUUAUGCUGUCACAAACUGAAAAUCUGAGUGUAGUGGGGACAAAAAAAGCUAGCCUGUGGCACUGAUUUUGAACUUAACAUUAGUAUAACAAAUAAGGUGGGGACAUAUAUUUAGAUAAGAUCCUAAACACUCAGAGUCAGUACAGCUGCUCUAAAAUUCUAACUUUUACCAUUUACUUCCAGAGACUUCAGAGCAGAGGAAGAAACACCAUGCUGCAGUUUCAGAAUGUUUUUCAAGAACAACAUAUACAAUAUACACAUUUUCCUGCCCCUGUCUUUUGUGACGAUUUCUGUUAGAAUUUGUUGCAGUCUAUGGUGGUUAAAAUGUCAAUAGCAAAACCAUUCUGCUCUAAGUCACUGCUUAAUAUUUCAUAAAUAUGUAUUAAAGCACUGUUAAGGGUCCAAAAUUAGUUUUUGCCACUUACUUUGGUUCAUAGGGUUGGGCUUUUUUUUUCCUCUUACUAUUUUGUAUAAGUUGUAAUUAAAAGCCUUUCGGUAGGUGUUAUCCAAACUUCAGUGGUGUGUUUCGAAAGGGAAAAUUUUUAUUUCUCUUGUAUGAGCAGUUAGGUAUACAUUAUAAAAAAUAUUGAAACUGCAAAAUCCUUUUAAGGUAGUGAUACGGAUUAAGGCUUCGAGUUUAUAAAUUUUUUUACAAACUAUUCUUUCGAUAUAAAGUCAACUACUGUGAUUAAGAAAAUAAUUUUAAAUUUGCUCCAGCAGAAAAGAACUGUACCCAUCAAUCUCAUUACGAACAUUCCAUACCAAUUCAAUGGUAGGAAGGAUAUUCUUAAUUUUUAUUGAAAUGCAAGCAUUUUUAUAAAACACUAAUUUGUACAUUAUAGAAAUAUAUGAAAUUUUGCCUUUUAUGCUUUCACUUGAAAAAUCUUUCAAAAAUUCCAAAAUAUUUUAGUAGUUACUUCCUAUUUUGUUCUUAAAUUUGAUGGGGAAAGGAAAACUAAGUUGCAGUUACUGAUUCCUGCCAUCUUUAUAUUUUCUUGAAGAAAUCUAUGCAUAUUAAAGAUAAAACUAAAGCAUAUGACUUUAUAUGCAACGUCAGGAUGGAUUAUCGUACACUGAAUUCAUUCCCUGUAUAAUGUGGUAUUUCUUAUUCUGAAUGUCUUGGGUAGUUUUCACUUCUUCAAAAGAAGAGUUUCCCUGAAUAAUCACCACCUAUAUGGCUGUUAGAGUAUCUGUGAUAAUUCCAUGGUACAUAGUAUCUUGGCAUUGUAAAUUCAGUAUCCCAAGACUUGAAAUUUUAUGCUACAUUUUUGAAGAUUUUUUUUUAAAUAUUGUUAAUCAGUAAAAAAUAUUUUUGAUCUAAAUAUAGGCUCUGCAUAUCUGUUAGAGUUUAAAAAUUAUCAGUGUUUUGUCUUCACAUUUUUGUCAAGGCAAGGAAUGUAAGAUUUCAAAUAAAAUUUUGAACCAAAAACAUUUAUAAUGCAGUUGCGGUUUUUCUAUUACUUUUUAUACCGUACCUUAAAAGCAUUAGGCUGAAAGAAUUUAUUUUGGUGGUCAAAAAAAUAUGCUUCCACUCGUACAUAUUCUAAAUGUUAAGAAAUAAAAAUGAAAGACAUUAAUUGCUUUUAUUCAGUAAACUUUUUUUAAAGAAUGUUUAUCUCAACCGGUAGGCAAACAUUUGAUGUAAAGCAAGUUGGUCUUUCAUAGUUAUAACUCUUUAGCUAGUAAAGAUAUUCUUGUAAAAUUUUUUUUCUGAUUGUAAUUAAUUUUUCAAAGUGGAGAAAACUCAUUAUUCCUUGUAAGUAUUCAGGAUGCCUGCUUUUUUUAAUGCAGUUGUGGAAAGAAGGUAAAAUGUUUUAAUAUAUUCUUUGUUAAUCUGAGAACUUAUUGAAUCAUUUCCUUUAUGUUGGGGAAGGAGGGAGUAACAAAAUGUGAGUUUUUAUCACUCAAGGUAAGCAAUGGAAGUAACAUUGUGUAUUUUUAAUAGUAAUUUUUCAAGAUUAAUAGAAUACCCACCUUAAAACUAGUUAGAGUAAGUAUGUAUUUAUAAUUUUACCAAAUCAUACAACUGACAAUUCAGCAGUGAUGUUAUUUGCAUUUGUGGGGAGAUAUACGAUAUUCUCUGUUUUCUGGUUUGGAAGGAUUGUUUACAGCCUUCUCUUUGUAAAAAUAUGCUCCGACACUUAAUCAGUGGUCGUCUGAGUCCACAUGGAGCCCCCAUGUGGACUAAUGGGAGUAGCAGCUGUGAGAUGACAAAAUGUCCCUUUCACAGAACGAGGAGGUAGGAGAGGGAGAGACAUGAGAAUGAGCAGAUAUAAAGUUGGCCUUUGUUCGCUCAAAUUUGGGUUGGUGUGUGUGUGUAUACAACUGUAAUCUGGAACUUGAGGAAGUAAAUUAUUUGAAUUUUCUUAGUACAAAAGUAAUUAGGUAUCAUUUCUAACAGAUUUGUUUGUAAAUUUCAUCUAAUUAACCAUUAUUGAAAUAUUAAAAGUCAGUUUGUCAAUUUCUGAGGUCUCAAUGUUUUUUGCAAUAAUUGUGAAACGCAUCAUUGGUUUAAAUAAUGCUAAUACGUUCUUUAAUAAGUUUUCUUUGACACUGGCUACUAAACUUUUCUAAGUUUUAAAAAUAGGUUUUUCUCUCUUAUGGCUUUAGCACUUUAAGAAGUUUGGUGUUUAUGUAAUUUUUAAUAUGUUCUUUCAGUGAUCUGAGUAUGCUCCAGCUUAUGGCAUUUCCACAUGACUGGAGAGAACACUAAAUCAGUGUUUAGAUUCUGGAGGAGGAAAAAAAUGAAUGAAUGUCAGGUGUUUUAAAAAUUCCUCUUAAAGACAGUCUUUUGGAAACCAAAGUAUUUUACUGUAAAUCUUUUAAGUAGUUGAAUUCAGUACUCUUUAGUCAUUUGAUAGUGCUGACCAGAUUCUCCACAAAGUUUUGCUUGGUUAAUACUAAUUUUCAGAAGGUAAUAAUUUCUUUUGACAUUAAUUCAAGACUCAAGUUUUUUCAUUGAAUAUAUGUGUAUUGUUAAAAACGAGUGGUUUUAUAAUUGUGUAUAUUUUGUUAUAUGCUUUAGCAGAGUAAAUCAUUGUUCAACUUUAUUUAGGAAUAAGCUUUUUUGGACUGAAAAUUCAUAGUAAAAUAGGAUUUCUAUCUAAUGUUAAUCCAUUGCUUAUUUGUGUACAGUUCUGUUGUCUGUUUACUUUGCUUAAAUCUUGACUAAGAAUGAUUGGAGUCAAUAAAUUUGUACUGUAUUUUGCGUUGAA